AGAUCAUUCGACCGUUAGAAUCUAGCCCUUUCUUACAAAAUCCCCCAAAUAUCUCAGGUAACUCCACAUACCAAAUUCAAAUCUUCUCCCAGACUUCAUCUCUUCUCUUUUCUACUUGAGAUAUAAUUCUCCAUCUGGUUUCUGUUGAUUCAAUUGAUUCCACCCACCAAACUUUCUACUUCUCUCUCUACAUGCCCAUCGGUCAGCCAAUCUUGACAUUUUUCUCCCUUCUUUCUAUCAGAUAAGUUCAAGAUUUCUGAGAAAAAAGCACACUCAAGAAUCAAGAUGGUUAAAAUGGCUGAUUCUUCUUCUCCAUCAUCUCCGGUGACCAUAACGAUCUCCACUUCAGUGCCGGCUCAGAGCAUCGGCUUAACAAGUCCGGUCCGCCGCUUUUCUGUUUCAAACAAUCCGAUUUCCCCUCUCAGUAACAGAGGAGGGCAGAAGGGUUCAAGCGGAGGAAACCGCCGUACUUCCAGUGGCGGAGGAAGAUAUCUUUCAAUGUCCAAGGACGAAAUAGAGGAAUGUGUUUCUUACACAGUCCACAUCCCUCCAACGCCCGACCGCCGCCCAGUUUCAGACUCUCAAAACAGCCGCCUAGUAUCAGACUCUCAGAACAGCUUGCCCUCCGGCCACCCACUGGGGAGUUACAUCAAGGACACCAUGUACACCGGUGGAUUCAACUCGGUGACUCGUGCUCAUGUUCUUGAGAGUUCUCUUGAUGAAUCCAAGGUUGUUAAGUCGGAAUUGAUUUGUGGAAUGAAGGGUUGUGAUGAGAAAGCACAAGAUGGGAAUUGGAAAUCUCAAUGCGAAUGCGGGUUCAAGAUUUGCAGGGAUUGUUACCUGGAAUGUGUUGGAAUUGGGGGAGGGUAUUGUCCCGGUUGUAAGGAACCGUAUAAGGAUUUUAGCGAUGAUGAGAGCACCGAACACGGUUCGGAAGAAAAGGACCAACCGCAUCCAUUGCCAAGAGGGAUGGGUGGGGUUAAGCUAGAUAAGAAUUUCUCUCUGGUUCAGUCGUUCAAAGCACCAAACCAUGAGUUUGACCACACUCGGUGGCUGUUUGAGACAAAGGGCACGUAUGGGUAUGGAAAUGCGGUGUGGCCUAAAGAUGGGUAUGAAUUUGGAAGAGGGAAUAAUGAUAGGUGCGAAAACCCUCCGGAUUUCAAAGAGAGAAGAAACAGACCUCUGACCCGGAAGGUUGGGGUGUCUACUGCAAUUAUCAGUCCAUACAGGUUGCUUAUAUUCAUUCGCCUUGCUGCGCUCGCUUGCUUCCUAACAUGGAGAGUUUCGCAUCCAAAUCACGAAGCAAUGUGGUUAUGGAUGAUGUCAGUGGUUUGUGAGUUCUGGUUUGCGCUCUCAUGGAUUCUAGAUCAGCUCCCAAAGCUCUGCCCUGUAAACAGAAUAACUGACCUCUCUGUUCUGAAAGAGCGUUUUGAACCAUCCGCCUUGAACCUCCGCAACCCCAAAGGCCUCUCUGACCUUCCAGGAGUUGAUGUCUUUGUUUCAACAGCUGACCCUGAAAAAGAACCACCUCUUAGCACUGCAAACACCAUUCUUUCAAUCUUAGCAGUCGAUUAUCCGGUGGAGAAGUUGGCUUGUUAUCUAUCAGAUGAUGGGGGGUCUCUUGUAACAUUUGAAGCACUAGCUGAGGCUGCAAGCUUUGCAAGGAUAUGGGUUCCCUUUUGUCGCAAACACAAGAUAGAACCCAGGAAUCCAGAGGCUUACUUUGGGCUGAGGCGUGAUCCCCUAAAGAACAAAGUAAGGCUGGACUUUGUGAGGGAAAGGAGACGAGUGAAGAGGGAAUACGAUGAAUUCAAGGUGAGGAUAAAUGCCUUACCGGAGGCAAUAAGGCGAAGAUCAGACGCUUACAAUGCCCAAGCAGAAAUGAGAGCAAAGAAGAAACAGAUGGACAUGGGGGAAAGUGCUUUUGAAUCUGUUAAAGUCCCAAGGGCUACUUGGAUGUCCGAUUCAUCUCAUUGGCCUGGAACUUGGUCAUCAGCUGAGGAAGGCCAUUCGAAAGGGGACCAUGAGGGUAUAAUUCAGAUAAUGUUGGUUCCACCAAAUUCAGAUCCAGUUUUUGGGACAGAAGCUGAUGGGGUUAACUUGAUUGACACAACAGAUGUGGAUACCAGAUUGCCAAUGCUGGUUUAUGUGUCUCGUGAGAAACGGCCUGGUUUUGAUCACAACAAGAAAGCUGGAGCCAUGAAUGCCCUAGUCCGGACCAGCGCGAUUAUGUCAAAUGGCUCGUUUAUUCUCAAUCUUGACUGCGACCACUACAUCUACAAUUCUAUGGCUAUGAGGGAAGGAAUGUGCUUCAUGCUUGACAGGGGUGGUGACAAGAUAUGUUUUGUUCAGUUCCCACAGAGGUUCGAAGGGAUUGAUCCGAAUGAUCGGUACGCAAACCACAACACUGUGUUCUUUGAUGUUAGCAUGAGAGCACUGGAUGGACUACAAGGCCCUAUGUAUGUUGGGACAGGCUGCAUUUUCCGGAGGAUUGCUUUGUACGGGUUCAGUCCACCGCGAGCCACAGAACACCAAGGGUGGUUUGGUAGAAGGAAAAUAAAAUUCUCAUUGAGGAGGCGUAAGGCGGCAAAGAAUGGAGAGAAUGACGAUGAAAUGAUCUUGCCAAUCAAUGAGGAUCAAAACGACGAAGAUGAAUUCACCAAGGCUUUGAUUCCACCCCGGUUUGGCAACUCUACUUCCCUGAUUGAUUCUAUUGCAGUAGCUGAAUUUGGAGGAAGACCACUUCAUGAGUUGAGAGGAAAAGGUAGCCACGGGAGACCAUCUGGCUCUCUUGCAGUGCAACGCGAGCCUUUAGAUGCUUCAGCUCUAGCAGAAGCAAUCAGUGUCAUAACCUGUUUCUAUGAGGAUAAAACUGAGUGGGGCAAAAGGGUGGGAUGGAUAUACGGUUCUGUAACCGAAGAUGUGGUAACAGGUUAUCGUAUGCACAACAGAGGGUGGAGAUCAAUUUACUGUGUCACGAGACCAGAUGCAUUCCGAGGCACAGCUCCAAUAAAUCUAACAGAUAGGCUCAAUCAAGUCUUGAGAUGGGCAACUGGUUCUGUUGAGAUCUUCUUUUCUCGAAAUAAUGCACUCUUUGCAACUCGAAGAAUGAAGUUCCUCCAAAGGGUUGCAUACUUCAAUGUGGGAAUGUACCCCUUCACCUCUAUUUUCCUCCUUACCUAUUGCUUCCUCCCUGCAUUCUCGCUUUUCUCGGGGAAAUUCAUAGUCGAAUCCCUCAACGUGACGUUUCUAACCUUCUUGUUGGCGAUCACGCUGACCUUGUCCAUGCUUGCACUUCUGGAGAUCAAAUGGUCUGGAAUCACUCUCCAUGAUUGGUGGAGAAACGAACAGUUCUGGUUGAUUGGUGGAACUAGUGCUCAUCUAGCAGCCGUGUUUCAAGGACUACUCAAGGUUAUAGCAGGAGUUGACAUCUCAUUUACUUUGACCUCAAAAUCAGCUGCGCCCGAAGAUGGAGACGAUGAGUUUGCAGAGUUGUACGAGUUUAGAUUUACGAUUCUCAUGAUCCCACCGAUAACCAUCAUUUUGGUUAACAUGACCGCAAUCGCGGUGGGGGUGUUCAGGACAUUAUAUAGCCCCUUCCCUCAAUGGAGCAAGCUACUUGGAGGGGUGUUCUUUAGCUUCUGGGUACUGUCUCAUCUUUACCCUUUUGCUAAGGGGUUGAUGGGAAGGAGAGGGAAGAUUCCCACAGUAGUGUAUCUGUGGUCUACGUUGAUCUGCAUCAUUAUCUCAUUGCUUGCUGUGUACGUCUACCCUCCAUCAGGAAGGCAGGAUUCCAAUUUGUUCCAAUUUCCUUAGUUUGUUUGCAGUAGCAGCCAACAGAGUAUGAAGUUCCUCAACUUCAGGUAUCAGUUGCUGUUUUAUAUCCGUUUUCAAUGUUGUUUGACUUAGUGCCUUAGUAACUGUAAUACAUAUGUUGUGUCAGCAGCACAUUGUCGCCAUACAAUUUGCUCGACUUUUGUCAAAUGAUUUACUUGUAUGCCAGAACAGAAAAUCGGUAUAUUAGUUUGUGUUUUCA